UUUUGAUUCUACAUAAAACCUGAAAUGAAACGAAUCCUUGAUAAUGCCUGUGAGGGUACAAUGAAGUAACAUUUGAGUACUUGAUGCAUUACUAUAGACAGCAUAGAAGAUACUAAAUUCUCAUUUUAAGUUAACGACGAUUCUUCAUUUGAAGAAAGUGAAUUUUUUUCUUCUUCUUUAUUUAGAGGAUAUUUGAGAAGCAUUCCUGUUUUUCGGAUAGGGAAUCCAUAAAUUUUACUGCAAUUUAAAAACGUUUGAGGAUAUCAGUUUGGUGUGAACGAUGAGUCAUUCAAAACAGUUGUCUUUCCCAGCAUACACUGUUUGCUGGAUGAACAAAAACCUGCUUGCUGUUGGUGGAGGAGGCGGUACUACGAAAUCAGGAAUCAAAAACAAAUUGCAAUUGAUAAUGUAUGAUGAGACGGAGCCCGAAACCGGCGAAGGUCAUACCAAAAUUGAACUAGAAAAGGAGGUAGAGCUUGGGUCCGACGACGAUGCAGUCAUGUCUCUAGAUUAUAUUCAAAAUUCUUUAAUCGCAGGAAUCAAUAGCUCACCGGAGGGAAGAAAAAACAAGCAUUUCAGAGUGUUUGAGAGCAAGGAUGGAUCAGCAAAGAAUUAUGCUGAAACAAAAAAAUUUCAGAUUACAGAAUUCAGCAAUGAUAUACAAUAUCAACGACUUUGUAAAUACGAUUCCUAUCAUUCUGUCAUAUAUGUUUCGUGCACAAACCAAAAGUUUUUUAUAAUCUCAGAGAGCGAUUACAGAAUUUUGUUUGAAAAAGAUAACUGUACAGUGUAUGAUGUUGGUUUUGGUGAAAAUAAGUUUGCACUUGCCAUAGAUGAUAGAGUAGAGAUUUACGACUGGAAAACGUUCCGACUAUUACAAGUUUUAUAUAUGCCCGAAGAAAAUGCCGUCGUCCGAGGUAUAGGGAUGCUAAACGAAGUAAACAUUGUCGCGGCCUAUUAUUAUGUUAGAAACGGCCAACGAAUUGCAGGUUUGGUUAGGUUUGACUAUUCUACGAUAGAACAGUCAUGGACGUUUGCUUCUAUGAAGACGCUACGCAAUGCAAAAGGAGUGACCAAGUUUUGCAUGGAUCCUUCAAGUGGGAUGAUUAUUGUAGCCACUGCUGAUUGCAAAGUGCGCUUUAUGACAUUGAAUUUGACUACGCUUUCUAGUAACACCGUACAUCACCUUCCGAUUACCGACAUGAGACUAUCCCCAGAUUCCGAGAUUCUUGCAAGCGUUUCUGUCGAUGGUCAAUUGUGCAUCCAUUACUCUGGCAAAUAUAAGCAAUUAAGCACAGUACAACUUGAAGACCCUGGAUUACUGAUUCGUUUUUCUCUUAUGUUACCAUUCAUCAUUGGCGUUUUUUACUUUUAUAUACAUCAUUUAUUCCCUGGCCAGAGAAUGCAUGCCAUCUAUAGCUUUUUCCAAUUCCUGAUAGAUUUAAUUUCUAGGUGCACAAUUAGAAAUUCCUCCAUGUAAACAAAAGUGAUUUUUCUUUUUCUUUACAUGUUUCUAUAACACCAGGUUUUGAUCGAAAUGAUUAUAUAUAUAUUGUUUUUUUUUUUUUUUUUUUUUUUUUUGUUUCUUUUGUUUUGUCUUUUCAAAAAAAAAGAAAAAAAAGAAAGGCCGUUAAACGCUCUUCAUCCUAAUUUAGA